CCUCCGCAGUGCAUUUUGCGUACAAAUUGUACCACAGUCGUCUGGCGACAAAUGAAAUAAUCGAUUGUUUUUUUGCUGCUGCUGCUAGCUGAAAUAGAAAGAUCACGCAAACAUAAAGUGGCGUGUGUGUAUUCCGUUGGCAAUAGGACAGUGGCAAACCGAAAAUCACAUCGCGUCAAUCGUUUGACCUUCCUAAAUUCGUUUACCUUUUUCCACUUUCGCGUUUCGGGUGUAAUUAGAUUAUGACCGUGGCUGCGUCAUAAAUGUCUGCAUUGGUUUCUUUAUGUUUGCUAAAGAUUGAAUUAGUGGCCGACAGAAGUCGCAGCCAGUCGACGGUCAUGUUGGGCUCCGCGGAAUCCGGAUCCGCUUGCGAUGACGCAGCAACGGGCGGCAGCAUAGUUGGCGAUGAAGCAGCUGGUGCGGUGUCGAACGAACACCCCAACAAUCCGCGAUUACAGCGAGAGAUGCGGGGCCAACGGAAGCCGAAGAAAAUAACCAUCGAAAGCUAUCGCAAUCGGCUGCUGGAUGGUGGAUCAAUCCCAACCGACGAGUAUCGUGGCAUCUUGCCAAAGAGCUCGCGCGAACAGACUCCAAUGGAUGAGGUGCCACCACCUUCGGCUACCGAGAUACUCGGUGAGAUAAACUUCUUUUCCGGUAAUCCAUUCGUCGAAGUAACCAAAGGAAUCCUGCACCUUUUUAAGCGGAACGAACGGGCGGAUAUUUCAGAAGGUGGUGUAUCUAAAACGAUUUGCCUGAUUGCCGUACCAUCGUCUCUUAACUGCCAUGAUAUACUCAACUUUAUCGCUCCGUGCCAGAAAGAGAUCCAACACGUGCGAAUUCUUCGCGACGGUUCACCGAACCAAUUUAUGGUUCUACUCGAGUUCCGUUGCGUUGAAGGAGCAAUUGAAUUUUACAAAACCUUUAAUGGUGCACCGUACAACAGCCUUGAACCGGACACCCUCUGCCAUGCCGUUUGGGUGUCGAGCGUUGAGUGGGGUCUGGACGGUUGUUGCGUAACGCCGCAAGGCCACACCGAGCUACCGUCCUGUCCAGUGUGUCUCGAGCGUAUGGACGAAAGUGUGGACGGUGUGUUAACGAUCCUGUGCAACCAUGUGUUCCAUGCUGGGUGUUUGAACAAGUGGGGCGAUUCCACGUGCCCCGUCUGUCGAUGCGUACAAACGCCAGAACUUUCCGAACAGUCCGUCUGCAUGGAGUGUGAAGGGACGGAAGCGUUAUGGAUUUGUCUCAUAUGCGGACACAUCGGAUGCGGCCGUUACCAAGGAGGUCACGCCGCGACACACUAUCGUACGACUAACCAUACGUACGCGCUGCAACUAGGUACGAACCGAGUGUGGGAUUACGCGGGCGAUAAUUUCGUUCAUCGAUUGUUACAAAGCAAGUCGGAUGGAAAGUUGGUUGCCACCCAGUCCCCUGGUGGAGAUGAUGGGGAGGAAAAGAUCGAUUCGAUGCAGCUGGAAUUCACUUACCUGCUUACAUCGCAGCUCGAUGCUCAGCGGGAUUACUAUGAGGAACGAUUGUCCCGGCUCGAAUCGAUCGUCGGUGGCGAAAGACAGAAGCUACAGGAAGAUAACGAGGUGGCGAAAAAAAAGACGACCGAGCUGGAGGUAAAAUUGCACGCACUAACGAAAGAGAAAAACAGUUUAGAAAGGAAAAUCACGCAAUUAACAUCAAAGUUGAGCUCCGUUCUGAGUGAACUGGCCGAGGAGAAACAAUUUGGCAAAACGUUACAAGCGAAUCAAGUCACUUGGCAAACCAAGUUCGCCACCUUGGAGAAACAGUGCUCGGAGAAGGAACAAGAAAUUAUCGAGCUGAAGGAGCAAGUGCGUGAUCUUAUGUUCUAUAUGGAAGCACAGAAUACGAUUGCCGGUUCGGAGCUAAAAAGUGAACUAGUCGACGGCACAGUCGUGCUUCCGGCCGAUGCUGUUGCGGCCGCUUCGUCUAUUUCCUCCCAUGGUGGACUCGCAAUGGGUACCAGCGCUAAUGGCGGUAAAGCCAAGCGUCGUCAAAGGAGAAAGUAAGAAUCCAUGCGGUGAGGCCAAUGUCUGUUCAAAUCAUUACAUCAUAUGCUGCGCACAGUUUUGUGAACUAUUCGUUCGAUACACGUCUUUAGAUGUAAACGAUGGAAUUUUGGAAUUGUGAUAAAUUUUCUUCGUCGGUUUUAUUCCUUUCGCCAAUUAAUUAUAGAAAUACAGUAAAGCAGAAAGACUUGUGAAGAAAAUGCCGGAUAAUAUAGCUUUCUAUGUUAAACGCCAUGCCUGGUGUACUGUUUGUCUUCAAGUUGUAUUUACACACGCCGUAUGCACCAACAUACACCACCAUCGAUCAUUAUCCAUCGUUUGCUACCUUCACGAGCGUGUCGGCGUACUGAAAUUCAGGACUGUUUUCAUACUCGCACAUGUCCAGCGCUACUUCGCAGCUUUCCUUUACUACGCGCUUGUCGUCCUGCAGAUAUUCGUUCAGCACACGUGUGCACUCCUCCGUUGCGAUGGCACCGAGUGCUUCCGCACAUUCAUGCCGCACCAUUUCGUUUUCGGCCGGAUCGCGCAAAUUUUCUAUCAAAAAUGGUAUACUACACUCUUCCUGCAGCUGGCCCAACACAAACGCAACCUCAUGCCGAAACAAUGCACUUUUGCCCUUCAGUCCAGUGGCCAGUGCUAGGGUGGCUUCUU